CAAGAGCGGAGUCGCCGGAAAGCGGGAUUGUCGUCUGUGAGCGCGCGCAGCGGACGGAACCAUAGGGAUCUUUGUAUCUUCAGCGAAGGAGCAACAGCCUCGGCAGCCGCAGAUUAAGGAGACCAUGCCGUUCGGUAACACCCACAACCAGUUGAAGAUGAAGUACUCGGCAGCGCAGGAGUUUCCUGAUCUCAGCAAACACAACAACCACAUGGCCAAGGUGCUCACCAUGGAAAUGUACGAGCGCCUGCGCGACAAACAGACCCCCAGUGGCUUCACACUGGACGAUGUCAUUCAGACUGGGGUUGACAACCCAGGCCACCCUUUCAUCAUGACUGUGGGCUGCGUGGCUGGGGAUGAAGAAACCUAUGUGGUCUUCAAGGACCUUCUGGAUCCUGUCAUUGAGGACAGACAUGGAGGAUACAAGCCUACAGACAAACACAAGACUGAUCUCAACCCAGACCACCUGAAGGGUGGCGAUGAUCUGGACCCCAACUAUGUCCUGAGUUCCCGAGUGCGCACGGGCCGCAGCAUCCGCGGCUUCUGCCUGCCACCACACUGCAGCCGUGGAGAGAGACGCACCAUUGAGAAACUCUCUAUAGAUGCUUUAAGCUCCUUAGGCAGUGAUCUGAAAGGGAAAUAUUAUGCGCUGAAGAACAUGACGGAGGAAGAGCAGCAGCGGUUGAUUGAUGACCACUUCCUGUUUGACAAGCCUGUCUCUCCCUUGCUGCUGGCUUCUGGGAUGGCUCGUGACUGGCCUGAUGCCAGGGGGAUCUGGCAUAAUGACAGUAAGACCUUCCUGGUCUGGGUGAAUGAGGAAGACCACUUGCGUGUCAUCUCCAUGCAGAAGGGGGGCAACAUGAAGGAGGUUUUCACUCGCUUCUGCACUGGACUCACCAAGAUUGAGGCCCUGUUCAAGCAGAAGGGUCACGAGUUCAUGUGGAAUGAACACCUGGGCUACGUGUUAACGUGCCCAUCUAACUUGGGCACUGGUCUCCGAGGGGGUGUCCAUGUGAAGCUGCCCAACCUCAGCAAGCAUGAGAAGUUUGGCGAUAUCCUCAAGAAGCUGAGGCUUCAGAAACGUGGAACAGGUGGUGUGGACACAGCAGCUGUGGGAGGGGUUUUUGACAUCUCCAAUGCUGACCGGCUAGGAUUCUCAGAAGUUGAGUUGGUUCAGAUGGUUGUUGAUGGUGUUAAGCUGCUCGUGGAGAUGGAGAAGCGGCUGGAGAAAGGCCAAUCCAUUGAUGACCUCAUGCCCUCCCAGAAGUGAUCUCUCAAUAUAUGAAGCCCCAAACCCAAUGUUAACCACUUCAAGGAAAACACUCCUACUGAGUGUUAGGGACAUUAAAUUUAGACUUGUCGUCCACCUGUAUGAUUGAACUUUUAAAUGUCUUGAAAUGCUGAAAUGACUCUUCACGUUUCAUUUGAAAUAAACCUUUAACCCAGAAUUUUUCC